CGCCUUCCUCCGCUUCUGCCUCCGGAGCCGGGCCGAGGAUGAGCCCCUCGCUGGGCACAGCGGGGCUCUGGGGUGACAGGGGCACAGCCGGGCAGCUGUAGCCCCGCAGAUCCCGCAGAUCCCGCCGGGAAGAGCCGCAGCCGCCGGAGGAUGCGCUGCGGUCGCCCGGGCUGAGGAGGCGCCGCUUCCCUCGGCCGGCUGCAGAGCAGCUGACCCAACUUCAGAAAUGUGACUCAUGGCCCCUCCAGCAAAAGGAUCAGGAGCUGUUUCUGGGUUGGUGCAAGAGCCCCACGGGACACAAAGGUGAUGAAGAUGAGAGGAGCCUGGCUGGGUGUGACCCUGGGACAGCUGCUGGCUCUGGGACACAGGCACAAAUGGAAAAACAUGAUGGAUUCCAGAAAGUUCAGGCUGUUUGUCUGCCUGGUGGGGCUCAGCAGUGCCAGCCUCUGGCUUUUCCACACCUGGACCGAGUUCUGCCUGUUCUGUGAGAGCAGCCAGGGGUACCUGCUCCCCACGGAGACUUUCAGGAGGAUGGAAGGGAACUUCUCCCAGCUCCCAGAUGUUGACUGCCACAAGAACCCUCCUUUCCUUGUCCUGCUGGUGGCAUGCUCAUCCCAGCAGCUGGAUGCCAGGAUGGCCAUCAGGCACAGCUGGGGCAGGGAGAGGACGGUGGCUGGGAAGCGCCUGGUGACCUUGUUCCUGCUGGGGAGCCCUGGGGAUCCCAGCCAGCAGGCUGGCCUGGCUGCUGAGGGCCAGACAUACAGAGACAUCAUCCAGAAGAACUUUACAGACACCUAUUACAACCUGACCCUGAAGACCAUGAUGGGAAUGGAGUGGAUCCACAGGUUUUGUUCCCAGGCCAGCUUCGCCAUGAAAACCGACACGGACGUGUUUGUCAACGUGUUUUACCUCACCGAGCUGCUCCUGAGGAAAAGGAAGAGCACUGGGCUCUUCACAGGCUUUUUAAAACUGCACGAGUACCCCAUCAGGACAAGAAGGAGUAAGUGGUAUGUGAGUAGGGAAGAGUAUCCAGGAGCAACCUACCCCCCGUUUUGUUCCGGGACUGGAUAUGUUUUAUCCAGCGACGUAGCCAGCCAGAUCUAUAACAUUUCUGAGAGCGUUCCCUUCAUUAAACUGGAGGAUGUGUUCAUAGGGCUGUGCCUGGACAAAUUAAAAAUUCAGCUGGAGGAGCUUCACUCGGAGCAGACAUUCUUCCCAGAAAGGAUCAGGUUCUCUGUUCCUCGCUUCAGGAAAAUCGUGACGUGCCAUGGGAUAAAACCAGCUGAGCAGCUGAGCUACUGGAACCUCUUGGUGGCAGCCACUCAAGGAGGAGUGCUCUAGCACGUGCCCUGCCUCACUGAACAGACUGAAAUUCUCUGCUUUUACAGGGCUGCUCCCCACUCCAGCAAAAUCCCAAUUAACUCAAGCUCUGCCAUGUUAAAGGCUUUAGAAAUGGUUAUUUCUUAAGUAUGGUUUUGAUCACAGGAUCAGAGAAUGGUUAAUUGGAAAAGAUCUCCAAGAUCAUUGAGUCAAACCUUUGACUAAACACCACCUGGUCAGCUAAACCAGAGCACUGAGUGCCACACCCAGUCAUUCCUUGAGCACCUCCCUGGGCAGCUCCUUCCAGUGCCCGAUGAUUUCCCAAUCCAGUCAUUCCUUUCCUUCCUUUCCUUUUCUUUUCAAAUCCUUUUUGGCAAUGAUUUCCCACAUCCAGUCAUUCCUUGAGCACCUCCCUGGGCAGCCCCUUCCAGUGCUCAACCACCCUUUCUGUGAAAAAAUUCCCUAUUUCUGCCCAAGAACCUGCAAACCUCCUUCUCUCCAUUCACUCCCACCUCUGUGCAUCCCAAGUUACAAUUUUUUAUUCCUGAAACAUCCAGGCCUGCUAACCCACCCUCCAAAUCUUGCUGCCAGAGGCCUGGAAACAUUUCUGCUGUGCCAAACAAAAAAAAAAGUCAAAGCACUUUUGUUCAGGGAAUAAAAUCUGCACCAUCUCCUUGAUGAAUUACUGCACCCAUCUGUGCAGGCAUUUAAGGAUGACAUUUGUAGCUGUCAGGAUGCUCCCUCCUGGCAUAGGGAGCUGCAGCCCUGCCCUUGCAGCCAGCUCUGAGCGGGCUGAGCUGCAUCCUGGCACAGAUCCCUCCUUCAGUCUGCACCAAUUUUAUUUUAUUUUUUGCAGAGAUGGUAGAAUUUGCCCAUGCAAUGCUCUCAGGACAACCUUGGGCAGUGCAGGUCACCUGGUGGAGGUGUAGAAGCUGCUGCAGCUGUUUCCUUGUCUGUGUGCUUCCUGCUGAAAAUAAUCCAGUGAUGGAGCCAGUGCAGGGUGUCUGCUCUUCCUAUUAAAAUAGACCCUGGAGACAUCUUUUAUAUUUGUGUCUCACUUUGAUUGCCUGAGAGCUGCUGUGAAUGGCUUGCCAAGGCUAAACUAGAGUCACUUACAGUGAUUUAGACUUUUUUUUUUUUUCCCAAAGAGAAACUGGGUGUGUGAGGGAGGAGACAGGAGGAUUUUUCUCUUUUGAUAACAAGACCUAGUGGAAAAUGUGCUCAAGUAAUCACUCAGGCUGGGAGCCCUAUUUCUUAUUUCAUUCCCAGGCAAAGACUCAUGAAAUCUCUGGGAUGAUUAUAAGUUUCAGAGAUAAGGAGAAGGGUCUUUACAGCAGAUGCUGAAAAAUCCCUCAGGGCUCUGAGGAGGGAGAAAGGAGCUGAGAAAUCCUCCCUUAUGCAAUGGUCCUGUUUGAUUUUCCUGCAGGCACAGUUAGAGCUGAUAACACAGGUCAGUGUUAUCAGCAUGGAAUGCCUGUAAUGUCUGUGGGAAGGGUUUUUUCUAAAAAGCAGUGAAAGUGGAGCUGUUUCCAAGGGGAGCUGAGGGGAUCCAACAUCCAGCAUGGAAGAAAGGAAGGAAAACCUUUUAUUAUUUUGGGGUUAUUUAUUUUUAUUGUUUCUUUUCAUCGAAAAGAAUGAUUCUUCCUUUUCU